AUGUUCGGCGUGGUCUUCCCCGACCGGAGCUUCCCCUUGGACGCCUCCUCCUUCACCCAGAUCGACCCCCUCCACUGGGUCCUCGACAUGAACACCUUCGUCGGUACGCUUCAUCCUCUCCUCUUCUUCUCCAUCUAAACCCUAGCCCUAACCCUAACCCUAAUCAAUCAAUGGCGACCAGGGGAGGCGUACCAGGAGGUGAAGGAGGUCUGCAUCUUCAUGAUCAGCGGGUUCACACUCCCCCCGGGGAAGGCCCUCGCGGUCUACGUGCAGGCCCACGGCAAUCCCUACAUCUUCUGCGGCGCCAUCCACGGCGCCCGCCCCUCGGCGCUGCUCCACCUUCCGUGGCCGGAUCCCGCCUUCGCCGCCUCCCCGGGCCCUCCCUCUGCGCGGAUCGGCGUGUGCUUGGAGGAUCUCGCGUCCCUCCCGGCCGUGGCCGAUGCGGGAGCGCUGGGGCGGGUGGAGCGGCUGGCGUUGCGCGUGGGGGAGAACCUCUUCAACUUCAUGCAGUCCUUCUGCGCCAUCGACGGCAACCGCCUCGUCGUUACCGCCGACAUCCUCGACCGCUGGUUCAUCAAGUUCCAGGAGCGCGCCAAGCGCGACCCCGAGUACCUCAAAAGCUUCACCUUGUAG